UAACAAUUCUAUCAAAAAAUAGAUAUUAAACAAAUAGUACGUGUAAACAAAUCAUAUUACCUCAGAGGUCUUUACUGUUUAAAGUGAUAGAAAUAUCCCUGUAGCAUCGCACAAAGAAUACAUACAUAAAUUUACUUGUUCUGCAUAACCUGCUGGAAUCCACAAGGUGCACCCAGGUAAGAAAAAUUCUUCAAUCUUCAUGUGUCUUGCCUGAGUCAGUAGCUAAUUUUUAUCCUAAUUUUACAGAUCACAAAAACUGUAGAAAUAUAUGACAAUAUGGCAGCUCAGCAAAAUGGCACCAUCUCCUUUGAGGUUUCAGACUUCCUCUUAAAUUGUUUCAUCAGGUCCUCCAGCUGGCAGCUCUGGCUGCCCCUGCCCCUCAGCCUUCUCUUCUUCCUGGCCAUGGGGGCCAAUGCUACCCUCCUGAUCACCAUUCGACUGGAGACCUCCCUGCAUGAGCCCAUGUACUACUUGCUUAGCUUCCUCUCCCUGCUGGACAUUGUGCUCUGUCUCACUGUUAUUCCCAAGGUCCUGGCCAUCUUCUGGUUUGACUUCAGGUCCAUCAGCUUCUCUGCCUGCUUCCUCCAGAUGUACAUCAUGAAUUGUUUCCUGGGCAUGGAGUCCUGCACAUUCAUGGUCAUGGCCUACGACCGUUAUGUGGCCAUCUGCCACCCACUUCGGUAUGCAUCCAUUAUCACUGACCAAUUUGUGGCCAAGGCUGCCAUUUUUAUUUUGGCCAGGAAUAUCUUUAUGACUUUGCCCAUUCCCAUACUCUCAGCAAGACUGUACUACUGUGGCAGAAAUGUCAUUGAGAACUGCAUCUGUGCCAAUAUAUCUGUCUCAAGGAUCUCCUGUGAUGAUGUCACCAUCAAUCGCCUCUACCAAUUUGCUGUAGGCUGGACUCUGCUAGGAUCUGACCUCAUUGUCAUCUUCCUCUCAUACGCAUUCAUACUGCGAGCUGUGCUGAGACUCAAGGCAGAGGGUGCUGUGGCCAAGGCCCUAAGCACAUGCAGCUCCCACUUCAUCCUUAUCCUCUUCUUUAGCACCAUCCUCCUAGUCUUCGUCCUCACUCACGUGGCUAAGAAAAAGGUCUCCCCUGAUGUGCCAAUCUUGCUCAAUGUCCUCCACCACGUCGUUCCUGCAGCUCUCAACCCCAUUGUUUAUGGACUGCGAGCCCAGGAGAUUAAGCAAGGAAUCGAAAGAUUACUGAAGAAAGGUGGUAAUAAGGACAGCAGGAAUUGAAUUUCUACAUUCCUACAGGGUUGCUAGGAGUCAGAAUCGACUCGAUGGCAAUGGGCUAUAGUAUCAUGGUUUAUGAGUCAGUAAUGUAUGGGUGGAAA